AGCUGUGGGAUGUGAUAAGAUGGGGUGAGGAUGGAGAGCCUGGAGGGAACGGGGAAUGAGGAGCAGGGAUGAGGGAUAGAAUGGAGAGCAGCUCUGGGUAGUUUGGUCCUGAGCAAGUUUUGGCAAUGAUCAUGGAGGUAUUACCAUAUUGGCACUUGAUUCUGAGAAGCUCCCAGCUGCCUCACCAACACUGCCAGCACUGGCAGCAUUCCAGAGCCGCCAGCACCACCAGCAUCCCUCUGCUUCUGGAGGGACAAUGACCCCUCAGGGAAAAGAAACCAGAAAUGUCAAAAACCGUUCCCUUUUGGGAAAGGGAAGGCUGUCAGAGAAUGGACAUUCUCCUGGGAAGGAGUGUUUCUAAUCAGGAGGAAAUGAGGAGCCAUUCACAAAGACAAAGAGGUUUGGGUUUUUGUGUUUGUUUGUUUGCUUGUUUGUUUUGUUUUUUUGGUUUUUUUUCCUUUGUACCAAAAACCAUAAAGCUGUUUAACUCUGACCUAGGCAGAGUUGGAAAACCGCUUCUGACUGCCAUGUGACCCCACUGAGUCUUGGAGAGCAACACCAGGACAGGGCACAGAGGGACAGGAGUGGGGAACUCCUGGUGAUCUGGGGACAUCCUUCUACAUGGUACUGACCUGGGAGGAUCCACUUUGGGAUAUGGAUGCCAUAAGAGCAAGAAGGAGCUGCUGAGGAGCUGCAUCCCUGGAUUCUCCAAGCACUGACUGCCCAUCCACGCUGACCACAGCCAGGGGCCACAUCCCACUGCCUGCCCAGCAUCCAUCCAUGGAGGUGACCACCGUGUCCCCACGUCCUCUCUCACCCACUGAAGGGGACCAUCUGUGUGAGACAGAUGUAUCCACCAUGGCCACACACAGUGUGACUCUGCUCAUCUGCCUCUGUGGGCUGGCUGGGAACGGGGCUGUCCUCUGGCUCCUCAACCUGAAAAGCUAUAACUCUGGCAUCUUUAAGCUGGCUGUCGCUGACUUCCUCUUCCUUCUCCUCACAGUCCCCAUUGCCUUCCUCUUCCUGGUGGAGGACGUGUCCUGCUCUCCUGUCAUGCCCAUGCUGUACCUGCGUUUCCUUUUCCAGCUGUCAGUGGUCUCCUACUACUGGGGGCUGUUCUGGCUGAGGCCUGGUGGCACUGUGCAGUAUAUGGACAAGAUCCUACGGCGCUGCCGCAAGGAGCUUUCUGAGCGAAUGUGGUUGGUGGUGGGGAGUGUUCAGUCCUGGGCCUUCUUUGCUCUCUUCACUGUCAUUCCCUCGGUGAUAUUCCUGUGUCAAUCACAAGAGCAGGAGCACUGCCGUGUGCCUCUCAUCUCCCUUUACACCAGUAUCCUGCUCUUCUUUGCUGCACCCGUGGCCAUUUCUGGCACAAUUGACUUCAUUAGGGCCAAGUGGGGCUCCCAGCAGCAGCAGCCCAAGAGGCGUGACGUGGUUAUCCACAUCACUGUGCUGUUAACUCUUCUCCUCAGCUUCUGCAAUUUCCUGCAGCAGCUCGGUUACAUCGAUGUGCCCUCCCAGGCUGUUUUCUUGCUCGCCAGCAUCAACAGCAGCAUCAAACCCUUCAUCUACUUCUUGGCAGGGAGCUCCUGGAGGGUCUGCUCCAUGGCGAGCUGCUGGAGGCUCUGUACAGUGGGGUCCCUCCGUCUCUACCUUCAGAGGGUCUUUGAGUAGCAGAAAGAAAAAACAGCCCACAGCAAUGAUGACACCAGGAACACAGCAGUCUGAGCCUGCUGAUCCCUUCCACUGCUCUGCUGGAGGACCUCAGCACAGAGGCUGAGGGUUUUCCUUGAUAUUAUUCAGGAAUUCAUGAUUAAUAAACAUCCAUGGGAUCACCCUCUCCAUA